CGACACGGGCGGGGGUCGCGUGCAGACCCCCCCCCGGGCUCUGCGUCGCCCGGUCUCCCGGGACACCCAGGGGUGCGGGCUGGGGGACGGCCAGCCAGGCCACCUGCGUGCGCAGGGCUGGGGACGGGCGCGGGGAGGGGUGCAGGUGGACGCGGGGAGGGGUGCAAGGUGCAGGGCCAGGGGCGCGGGCAGCUGAGCCGGUGGAGCUCCGGCCGGGCCGUUCUGAGUGAGUUGCGGCCCCGGGACCCCCGGCCCUCCGGCCCCCACGGCGGAGAGAAGGCCUCCGCCCCCAGAGUGCAGGGGUGCAGCCCGCAGCAGCAGGGGCCUCGCAGACCCGCCGCCACCUGGCCCCAGGUGAGCUCAGCGCCAGGAUCCAGGAGCUUCCGCGGGUGACAACAGCAUGGCCGACGGCAAGGCCCGGUCUGCCCCCAGGACGCCCCCCUGCUCCCCAGGGGACCCCGUCAGGGACAGGCCGGAGGGGGCGGCCGAGGUGGCCGAGGUCAGCGCCCUAGAGGAGGCCUUCCGGCGCUUUGCGGUGCACGGGGACAGCAGGGCCAGCGGGCGUGAGAUGAACGGCAAAAACUGGACCAAGCUGUGCCGAGACUGCCAGGUCAUCGAUGGCCGCACUGUCACCGUCACUGACGUGGACAUCGUCUUCAGCAAGAUCAAGAGCAAGGGCUGCAGGACCAUCACCUUUGAGCAGUUCCGGGAGGCGCUGGGUGAGUUGGCCAGGAAGAGAUUCAAGGACAAGAAUGAGGAGGACGCCGUGCGGGAGGUUCACCACCUGGUGGAGGGCAAGGCCCCCAUCAUCUCAGGGGUCACAAAGGCGGUCUCAUCACCCACUGUCUCGCGGCUCACCGACACCAGCAGGUUCACGGGCUCCCACAAGGAGCGUUUCGACCCCUCGGGCCGUGGCAAGGGCAAGGCCGGCCGCGUGGACCUGGUGGACACCUCAGGCUACGUGUCGGGCUACAAGCAUGCAGGCACCUACGACCAGAAGGUGCAGGGGGGCAAGUAGCGCCCCCACUCCCCACAUCCCGCUGCGCAGCGCUGACCGUCUGCCUCCCCUCCCUCACUGACCUGCUAACCUCCCCCACCCUGUUAUCCGGCCAGGGCCGCCGAGGGCUCUCACACUGCUGGCCGGGGAACCCCGGGACAGAGCCUGUUGGGGUGCCGCACCCCAGACCCCAGAGCUGUGGGCAGGUGGGCUAACACACUAACCAGGGGCACGGACCUGUCAGGGGCUCAGGCAGCUGCGUACACAGACACACACACACACACACACACACACACACACACACACGCACACGCACACACAUAUAUGUGCACACACAACCACGCACAACACGCAGACAUGACUGUGCCCAGGCCCUUCACAGACACCCCCCCCCGGCACACGAGAGGCUCCCCUAAACCAGCAGGAGCCUGACAGCCUGUGACCCCCAGGCCCUGGGGAGGCCCAUCCCGGACCCCAGAGCUGAGCCAGGACCCUACCGGGCCUCGGGGCAGGGAACAUUCUCCCCGCCGUGGUGUCAGUCAGCAAGCACAGCCAGGAUGUCACCUUCACUGCCCACACACCUGUCCCUGUGUGAGCAACACUGCCUCCCCACGCAUGCCCUGUAUCACCUGACCUGCCCGUGUCCCCAUGUCAUGCACACGGCCCCCCAGCCCUGUGCGUGCAGCCCCGUCACACGCAUGUGUUUGUGUCAACUUGUACUAACCAUGGUGACUACAAACUAAUAACUCUGAGA